AUGGCGGACAAAAUUACCCGUAUCGCCAUCGUGGACUCCAACAAAUGCAAGCCUAAGCGUUGCGCCCAAGAAUGCAAAAAAAGUGAGGGCCUAAUCCAACUGUUCUCAUUGGCCGAGACCGAUUUUUUGUCGGCAGUCAUGUCCCGUCGUGAAAAUGGUUGCUCGAUAGGAAAACUAUGCAUAGAAGUCAAGCCGACCGACAAAAUCGCCUACAUCGCCGAGUUUUUGUGCAUUGGAUGCGGUAUCUGCGUAAAAAAAUGUCCAUUUGAAGCUAUAACGAUUAUCAACCUCCCCACAAAUCUCGACUCCGAAGUGACACAUCGGUACACUGCUAACGCUUUCAAACUGCAUCGGUUACCAACCCCGCGGCCUGGACAAGUGCUCGGGCUUGUUGGGACAAACGGUAUCGGGAAGAGCACGGCGCUUAAGAUUUUGGCGGGCAAGCUGAAGCCCAAUCUGGGGCGGUAUGACGACCCUCCCGACUGGCAAGACAUUCUAAAGUACUUCCGUGGUUCCGAGUUACAGAACUACUUCACCAAAGUGCUCGAAGACAACCUUAAAGCGCUCAUCAAACCGCAAUAUGUCGACCAUAUUCCGCGGGCAGUCAAGGGUCAAAUGACUAUUGAUCAAAUGCUCGACUCAAAGCUGGAAAGGAACAACAAGCAGCAGAUGUGCGAUGAUCUAGAACUUAAUGCUGUGCUCCAGCGAGAUGUUACCCAACUCUCUGGUGGAGAAUUGCAACGAUUCGCGAUCGCGCUUUCCUGCGUACAGAACGCGGAUGUGUAUAUGUUUGACGAACCCUCGAGUUAUCUUGACAUCAAGCAGCGAUUAAAGGCCGCAGAGGUUAUUCGUGGACUCCUGCAUCCAGACUGCUAUGUUAUCGCAGUUGAACACGACUUGUCCGUUCUCGACUAUCUUUCUGACUUCAUCUGCUGUCUCUACGGAAAACCUUCAGUUUAUGGUGUUGUAACGAUGCCUUCGUCUGUGCGAGAAGGCAUUAAUAUCUUCUUGGACGGGUAUAUUCCAACCGAGAAUCUGCGUUUCCGCCAAGAAUCGCUCUCAUUCAAGAUGGUCGAAACUACAGAAGAGCUUGUUGUCGAUCGUACCCGACACUACUCGUAUCCAUCAAUGACCAAAACUCUGGGGUCGUUCAAGCUUACUGUUCAAGGUGGCUCUUUUACGGACUCGGAAAUUAUUGUGAUGUUGGGAGAGAAUGGUACGGGGAAGACCACAUUUGUUCGCCUGCUUGCUGGUGACUCGCCAGAUGACGAGACAGAGAAACAAAACCUCAGUGUGUCACUCAAGCCCCAGACUAUUUCCCCCAAAUUCCCUGGAACUGUUCGGAUGUUGUUGCUGAAGCAAAUCAAAGCAGCGUUCAUGCACCCGCAAUUCCAGACAGAUGUGCUGAAGCCGAUGAACUUGGAGCCUCUGAUGGACCAAGAGGUGAAGACGCUCUCUGGUGGUGAGCUGCAGCGUGUAGCCAUUGUGCUUGCGCUUGGAAAACCUGCUUCAGUCUACCUGCUGGACGAGCCAAGCUCUUUCCUCGACUCUGAACAACGUAUCAUUGCGAGCAAAGUUAUCAAACGAUAUAUCUUGCACGCCAAGAAGACCGCGUUCGUCAUCGAGCACGAUUUUAUUAUGGCAACAUACCUUGCUGACCGAGUCAUCGUCUUCGAGGGUCAACCUGCCAUCGCGGCGACUGCUACUCCACCCCAGUCCCUUCUGUCGGGAAUGAAUCGAUUCCUUGCCAGCCUCGAGGUCACAUUCCGCCGCGACCCGACCAACUUCCGGCCUCGAGUCAAUAAACUGAAUAGUGUCAAGGACAGAGAGCAAAAAGAUGCGGGAAAUUAUUUCUUCCUCGAGGAUUAA